GAAAGUGAAAGAGGUGGGGCAGGGGCCAGGCCUGGUUUCUCGGGCCCUGUGGCCCGGUGGCUGGGCAAGCCCCCUCCCCCCUGGCCUCCACCGCUCUGGCUCCUACGGGGACCUGACGAGGCGAUGCUCGCGGUCCCGGCUCACAAGGGGAUGCAGCGCCGAAGCUUCCUCCUCCUCGCCUUCCUCGCCCUCCUGGCGCUCACCUCCGCGGUGGCCAAAAAGAAAGACAAAGUGAAGAAGGGAGGCCCGGGGAGCGAGUGCGCCGAGUGGACCUGGGGGCCCUGCACCCCCAGCAGCAAGGACUGCGGCGUGGGAUUCCGCGAGGGCACCUGCGGGGCCCAGACGCAGCGCAUCCGGUGCCGGGUGCCCUGUAACUGGAAGAAGGAAUUCGGAGCCGACUGCAAGUACAAGUUUGAGACCUGGGGUGCGUGUGACGGCACAGGCACCAGAGCCCGCCAGGGGACCCUGAAGAAGGCGCGGCACAACGCCCAGUGCCAGGGGACCGUCCGGGUGACCAAGCCCUGCAGCCCCAAGGCCAAAGCCAAGGCCAAAGCCAAGAAAGGGAAAGAAAAGGACUAGCGGCCAGGCCCCGAUGCCAAGGAGCCCCGGCUUCACCCGGAGGCCCGGCCCACGCCCUCCCUCCACAGGCUCAAGAUGUUACCCACCAGUGCCUUCUGCCUCCUCGUUAGCUUUAUCAAUCAUGCCCUGCUUCUUCCCUUUCACUUGCCCACAUCACCCCAAGUGCCCGAAGUGGGGAGGGACAAGGGAUUCUGGGCAGCUUGAGUCCCCCCCACAAAGGGAUUUGAUUCCCCGGUACCCACUUUUCUUUUUCCCCCAACUGGAUGCCAUUACUAAGAAAUAAAUAAAAUAAAUAUCUUUUUGUUCCCAAUAAAAGCUUUUCUUUUAAUAUAUAAAAGCCCCUU